CAUGAAUUCAACAAUAUGGCACCGGGUGAUCGGGCUUAUGAGUAAUUAUAUGAUUACGUUAAUCGAAUAUUGUUAAUAUUACCAUAUUAAUAUAAUAACGUUGUACUGACAUAAAAUGAUUAGAAUACUACGUGCAUUUUAAUAAAUAGGUAGUAUACUAAGAGAAAUAAUUGCACAGCGAUUCUAACCUUACUUCGGAAUUUUCGGUUCUUAAAUUUCAUCUGGAUUUUUAUUUUUUAAUAUAACGGAAUAUAUAAAGGAAGAAACUAUGGUUAAUGUUAAUCCCAGAGUAUUCUUUGAUAUAGAAGUGGGCGGACUCCCAAUGGGUCGCAUAGUGUUUGAACUGUUUGCAGACAUUUGUCCAAUAACAUGUGAAAAUUUUCGUGCACUUUGUACUGGAGAAAAAGGACUUGGAAAAACAACUAGCAAGCAGUUGCACUAUAAAGGAAUUGUUUUUCAUAGAGUAGUUAAGGAUUUUAUGAUUCAAGGUGGUGAUUUUUCAGUAGGUAAUGGAACUGGAGGAGAGUCAGUUUAUGGUGGAACAUUUGCAGAUGAAAAUUUUAUUAUAAAACAUAAUAAACCAUUUUUGUUAUCUAUGGCAAAUCGUGGCAGAGAUACAAAUGGUUCACAAUUUUUUAUGUGAGUAUUUAUUAUUAAAAAAGAAGUAUACAAACUCUGUAAUAUAAUAUAAUAUAAAAAUAUUUAAAUAGAAUGAAACAAUCGAUUACAUUUAUAAACAAAGAAAAGUGCAGGAUGGUGUAAUAUACAUACACUAGAUGUAGCCUUUAAAAAUCAUCAGAUGUAUUAUAUUCUUUUACUAAAUAUUUAUUUUGCAUGUAUUAACAAAAGUGAUCAGUUUGUUAAAGGUUAAUAUUGCAAAGAGAACUUUCUUUUGUGUAUAAAUUUUAUUUUUUAAUAUUUCUACUGGCUCAAAAUUAUGUUUCUCUGCAGACAGAUGUAUACUUUGUCAACCUCAAAGGUAAAGGUAAUAGGAAUUUAAUAUACAUUUAUUUUCAUCUCAACAUUUUUCCAUGCUAAUAUAUAUUUAAAUAUGUUCCAAAUAAAUAACAGGUGAUAUUAUUAAAUAGAAGGAUAAUUGGGUUUGUUAAUUUUAGCAAUAAAUUUAUCUUCUAUUGAUGUUAAUCAUGUCAUUGUAAAGUUGUUCAGUAUUUAAUAAAUUGUAUGAAACACUUAAUUUUUCCCGUGAAUACUGAAAAGUGUAGGAGUAAAAAUAUCUUUGAAGGAAUGAAUAACUUAGCUAUAUUUCUGUGUAGUCGUGAGGGAAGGGUCUGCACACCACUGCUACAACACAAUGACCAAUGAAAGCUGGCUCUUUCUGUUCAUCUCUCAUCCCCUUAAUCAUAUUUUGUUGUUGUAGUACAACACAACCAGCGCCUCACCUCGACAAUGUCCAUGUGGUUUUUGGAGAAGUAGUGUCUGGCCAGGAAAUUGUUACACAUAUUGAGGGACUUCCAGUAGACCGUAUGUCUCGACCCUUACAAGAUGCGAAGGUUGUAAAUUGUGGAGAACUUGUAUUGAAAGUUAAAAGUAAAACAAAAAAAGAACAAAAUCAGAAGAUGGUGAAAUUCACGAUUCGAAUGAAGAUGAUCUUGGAAAACCUCAUCCUUUAGUUUCAGUUACAAAAAUUGAUCCUGAUGAAAUACCUGAAGUACCAGCAAAUAAAUUUUUGUAUAGAGCAGGACCUACUAAUAAUGCAAAUCAAAAAGAAUUUAGGCAACAUUAUGGAAGGGAUCGGGUACGAUCACAUAGAAAAACUGGUCGCAUAUUUAAAGGAAGAGGAAUAUUUAAAUUAGAGAAAGAACGAUUAAAGAAAGAAGAAGAAUUAAAGAAACGUGAAGCCGAUAGAAUUAAAAAAUUUACCGAAAAUCCUGAUGAAGAUAAUCAAGUAGUGGACAAAUUUGAUGUCGAAGCACAUGUAACUGAAGAGUUAGAAAAUAAAGAAAAUGAUCAGUCAGACGAUAAAAAGAGUGUCAAUAAAAAUGUGGAUCAGGAUCAGGAUAACUUAAAUACUAGUACAGAUGUUAAUGACGCCAUUACAAAAGAUAAAGUAGAUGGAAAACAUAAAAACGAAAAAAUAAUUAAACGUGAUUUACAUCGAUCGUAUGGUGAUAGAUCUUCACGGCGAGAAUCGCGCGAUAGGAGUAAAAGACAUGGAAGUGGUCGAUCUAGAUCACGAGAUCGACGAAGAUCUCGAGAUAGAGAUUAUGAUCGUAGAAACAGUCGUGAUAGGAGAAAUAGAAGAAAUUAUUAUCCUCGAAGACGAGAUUCAUAUAGGAUCAACAGGCCUGGCAGAGAUAAUUAUAGAUAUAACGAUAGACGCAAUGAUUACAGAAGAACGAAUAAUUCUAAUUCUAACUACGAUGCGGAUAUGAAUUCAUCUCGUUAUGAUAAAAAUCGAAGAAAAAGUGAUAAUAAUUCAGAUUCUAAUAAUCAACCAAAAUUUAAACGCCGCUCACGUUCAACUAGUUCUAGUAGUCAGCACUCCAAAGACUAAAUGCAAUUUCUUUACCAUCAUUUCUCCAUAAUACAAGAGAAAAUAUAAUUUAUGAAGUAAAGUACAAUUAUGUUUUCAAAUUUUUUGUUAGAAUUUGUUUCUUCAUAGCAUACAAAUUUAUGUAAUAGGAAAGUUUAAGUUUAUAAUAGUUGAAUAAAAUACGAUGUUCAAACAUAAACUUUAAUUUUUUGGUAAUUAGAAUUGUCUUUUAUGAUAAUAAUUUUGAUAUUUCUACAAAAUAUAAUACGUUGAAUUCUAUAAUUGUUUGUUCAAUUCUAUAAAGUAACAUAAAACUGAAAUAUUUAACAUUAAAUACAUCUACUUUAUAUAUAUCAUCAUACUGUAAAUUAAAAAUACUUUUAUAGUUAGUGAUUAAUAUAUAUCUAUAAAUUGCGUUCGAGAUUGUUUUUUACAGCUAUAUCUUUUUCGUACGUAAACAUUCAAAUUUAUAAAUGGGAUUAUAUUUUAUUUUGUGAGACUGUUCAUAGAGAGUUAUGAAAGUUUAGAUAAAAUGAAAAUAAUUGUAAUUUUCAUAUAAUU